AUGGUUAACUCACCUAUACCUACUGAUCUUGCAGGAGAGUGUAGAAAAGCAGCAAAAAUUUUAAAUAGCUUUAUUGAUAAGGUUAUCCCACCACAAGUUUUACAAAGUGCCAAUGGGUUUGCAAUAAUUACAGUAAUAAAAGCAGGAUUUCUUUUUUCAGGUAGAGUUGGAUCAGGUUUAGUUGUAGCAAGACUUUCAGAUGGAUCGUGGUCUGCUCCAUCAGCCGUCGGUACUGGAGGAAUGGGUUUCGGUGGACAAAUUGGUGCCGAAGUAACAGAUUUUGUCAUUGUUCUUAAUAGUAAAGAUGCAGUUAAAUCAUUUAUGAAUGGAGGAAAUCUUACUUUAGGAGGAAAUUUAGGAAAUUGUUUACAAAUUAUAAUUCUUUUUUUUUUGGCUUUAGUUGCCGCUGGACCUAUUGGUAGAAAUGCUGAAGGAGCUAGUAGUGUUUCACUUAAACAUGUAGCUGCUAUAUUUUCUUAUAGUAAAACGAGAGGAUUAUUUGCUGGUGUUUCUAUUGAAGGAUCAGUUAUUAUUGAACGUAAAGAUGCCAAUUCAAAAUUUUAUCAUCGUAAAGUUAGUGCCAAAGAGUUACUUUCGGGAAAAGUUUCACCACCACCUCAAGCAGAUAUUUUAUAUCGUGCUUUAAAUGCAAAAGCAUCUCUUAAUACUGGUGGAUUAAGAGGAGGAGGAGGACUUCAAAGAUCUAUUUCUUUAUCAAAUUCUUUAUCAAAUAAUAACAAUCGAAAUAAUACAUCACAAUCAAAAGUAAAACCUUCAGUAUCAAAAUCCCCGACAAAACCUCCAAUAGCUCCAAAACCAAAUUUACCUUUACGUCAAAAACCAAUUACAGCACUUGCAAUGUUUGAUUUUCUUGGAGAACAAGAAGGAGAUUUGGAAUUUCAUAAAGGAGAUACUAUUGUAAUCACAAAGAAAACGGAUUCUACUAAUGAUUGGUGGACUGGUAAAUGCAAUAUGCAGGAAGGAAUUGAAAAAGAUGAUCGAGUUUAA